UUUCAUUUGUCUAAAUCUAUGGAGGCCUUGCUACAGCUUUGUGAUGACCCUGACUCGAACGUCAGAAUGGUUGCAGAUGAAAGCCUCAAUAGAAUAAUCAGAGCAAUGAUGGAUAACAAUGUGGUUAAAGUGCAUAUGGAGCUCCAUAAAGAGAUCAAGAAGAAUGGCAAUGUGCGGUCUUUGCGAGCAGUCUCUCUCAAGGUUUGCCCAGCUUGCCCACAUGAUCCGACCACAGAAAGGCAAGGCUUACAUCCAGAACCUGAUACCCAGUUCUUGUGGAGAUAGCCAAGCGGAGAGAAGAACUAGUCUUGGAAACACUAGCCUCAUCUCUGCCCCACAUUCUGGCUGCUCUCGGCAGUUUUCACCACCACAGACAACAACAUCAGGGUUAGUGUCAUAUAACUGGACA